AUGUCGGAACCAUUGGCUUUUCUGAAUGAGUUCCCUGAGGAUUUGAGACCGGCAGUCGAGAAGCUCAUCAUCUCGGAUAUGACAACCGCAGAUAUCUUCAUUCGUCUUUCAUCAUAUAUCGCAUCGCUAAAGGCAGCAAAUUCAUCGAGUAACACUGCCUCAGACGGAUCCGAAUCAUCGUCAAAGAAGCGCAAACUUGACACUCCAGCACCUGCUGCUACAUCCAAUGUUACCACGUCUGACGCCCUCCUCACAAUCAAAGACAUCUCGUUUACCGCCCCUCAACGCAAGAAACUCACCCUUACCAUCACUCCAACCCACCUCGUCGCCCACCCCGCUGGCGGAGACGCCGAAUUCAUGAUCGAGCUAGAUAAAGUAGGAAGUGUCGCAUGCCUCCCCGUGCCAGACAAAGCCGCACGGCAAUGGAGUUUUUGUAUCUUUCCAGCAAGGGAGGAAGGUAAAGGGGAUGCAGAGGUACGGGAAAGUAUCGUCUUUACUGUGCCGGAUAGUGCGCCGAAGCAGGGUGUGUUCUCGGGGAGCGUAGUGGGGUUCUUGGCGGAGGAUGAUUUGAAGGGUUACAAGAGUUUGAUCUCGGCUGUUUUGAGAGAUGCGCUGGAUGAGGAUACGAAGCUCGUGAUCUCGUUGGCGAGCGAGUUUGUCUCCGCUAUCCCCCAAGCGCAUCGGAAGGGGGAGAAAGCGUACCACGUCGCUGCACACCGUGGUUCAAAGGAUGGGUAUCUGUUCUUUUUGGAAACGGGGGUGGUGUUUGGGUUUAAGAGGCCUGUUGUGUUGUUUGAGUUGGAUAGGAUCAGGAGGGUGACGUAUACGAGCGUGUUGCAGCGGACGUUUAAUGUGGUGUUCACUGUCGCUAAGGGAGGAGAUGACGAGGAAGAUGUGGAGUUCUCUAUGUUGGAUCAAGGGGACUAUCCUGGCGUUGAUCGGUAUAUCAAGAAGCACGACUUGACAGACGCAUCACUCUCAGCAGCUCGCAAGGCCAAGACGGAGCUCAAAUCUGAGCUCGUGAACGGGGAGAUUCCUGACAAAGAGAUGAACCGGAUAGUGAAUGAGGUGACAAAGGGCAUCGCAGGAAACAGACCUGUAGCGACGAGCUUUGAGAAGAUGGAUUUGGAUGAUGACGAUGAGGAGGAUGAUGAUUUUGAGGGCAAUGCGAGUGAUGAUGAUAUUGCGGAGGAGUAUGAUAGUGACGUGAGUGGGCACACAAGUGAUGAAGAGGAAGAGGUAGAUAAUGACGAGAAUGUGGAAGGAGGGGAAGAUGAGGAGGAGCCAGAGCAGGAGGAAUAG